CAGAACGUUUCUACCUGGAGUUUCAUUGUCAGAUAUGCGGCUCUGCUUCUGGCCAGGGGCCUCAUAUGGUUUGGCCCUUCUGGCAUUCCUGUCUCAUUGUGCAGCAGCUGUGGAGAGACAUUAUUACAUUGCAGCUGUUAAUAUUUACUGGGACUACUCAUCUGAUGGACAGCAAAGGACUGGACCAUCUUAUAAAAAAGUGGUGUACAGGGAGUAUGAUGCAGGAUUUACACAGGCUAAAACACAUCCCUUGUCCUCAGGGCUACUUGGUCCUACAUUGCGUGGACAAGAGGGUGACACAAUUAUUGUCACAUUCAGGAACAUGGCUGAUCAUUACUACAGCCUGCACCCACAUGGCAUUGCUUAUGGGAAGCAGUCAGAGGGAUCUUCUUACUUUGACAACACUUUACUCCUUGAGAAAGAGGAUGAUCUCAUUCCACCCGGUAAAGAGUACACAUACCAAUGGGACAUAACAUCUGAGGUGUCCCCCACAGCUAUGGACCCCCCAUGCAUCACCUACACAUACAUCUCCCACGCUGACAUCGUGAAGGACUACAAUACAGGGUUGAUUGGUAUAAUGCUGAUCUGCAAGAAAGGCGCUCUAGACAAUUCCGGAAAUCAGAUCCAUUUCCAUCAGGAAGCUGUGCUGUUGUUUGGUGUGUUUGAUGAGAACAAAAGCUGGUACAGCUCUUCAGGCCCUCCACAGGCACAGAAUGUCAAAUACACCAUCAACGGUUAUACAAAUGGCUCUGUACCUGAUCUGGGCAUCUGUGCCCACUCCAUAGUCAGCUGGCACCUGUUGGGCAUGAGCUCUGAGCCAGAGCUCUUCUCUGUGCACUUUAAUGGGAAUGUCCUUCUGCAGGAUGGACACAAAACCUCAGCAGUUGGCAUCAUUAGUGGCACUGCAACUAGUGCCAGUAUGACUGCUGUCUACCCUGGGCGCUGGCUCAUCUCUUCUCACAUUAGCAGGCACUUGGAAUCUGGCUUGCAUGGUUACCUGAAUAUUAGGGCAUGUGAAGAGUUCCCUGCACCUAAAAGAAGGAUAACCAUUCAACAGAAACAGGAAAGCCAAGAGUGGACUUACUAUAUAGCAGCAGAAGAGAUUAUCUGGGAUUAUGCUCCACACAUGCCAGACAACAUAGAUGGGGAUUUCCGAUCAAAAUAUUUAAAGCAGGGGCCACAGCGGAUAGGUAAAAAAUACAAAAAAGCUGUGUUUACACAGUAUAAAGAUGGCACUUUUAAAGAAAGAGCAGAGGAUAAGCAAAGAAAGAAAGAACUUGGGAUUCUUGGGCCAGUGAUUAGAGCCCAAAUCAGAGAUGUCAUAAAGAUUGUCUUUAAAAAUAAAGCAUCACGUCCAUAUAGUAUCUAUCCUCAUGGACUGACCAUUGAUAAAGCAGCAGAAGGAGCUAGUUACCCCAAGGGAGGGAACCAGACACAUGGUAUCCAGCCAGGAGAUACCUACACAUAUGUAUGGAAUGUGGCUGAGGAAGAUGUGCCAACAGACAGUGACCCGAGAUGUCUAACCAGGAUGUACCACAGUGCAGUGGACACUCCUCAAGACAUUGCUUCUGGUCUUGUGGGUCCUCUCCUCAUCUGUAAGAGUCAGUCCCUCAACAAAAAGAAUGUCCAGCUAAAAGCCGACAAAGAACAGCAUGCCAUGUUUGCAGUUUUUGAUGAGAACAAGAGCUGGUACAGUGAUGAGAACAUCAACACAUAUUGCAGUGACCCCCAAAAAGUAAAAAAAGAUGAUCCAGAGUUUUACAAAUCAAAUGUUAUGCAUACAAUCAAUGGUUAUGUGUAUGAAAGCGGCCAAGAACUGGGAUUUUGUAAUGGCGAAAUUGUGACGUGGCACGUGUCCAGUGUUGGGGAACAGGAUUACAUCCAGACUGCCACUUUUUAUGGCCAUACAUUUGAGCUGAAACACAGGGAAGAGGACAUGCUUAGCCUCUUUCCCAUGACCGGAGAAACAAUCACUAUGAACAUGGAGAAUAUAGGUAUUUGGCUUUUGGCAUCGCUGAACUCUCAUGAUUCCACAAAAGGAAUGAGGGUGAAAUUUAAAGAUUUUGAAUGCUUCAGAGAUUAUGUCAUGGAAUACGAUUAUGACACACCUGAAAAAUUCACUGUAUGGAAACCUCUGCCCAUCACUGAAAUCCAGAAAGUUACAACAAACCCAGAUAGUCCUAAGGUGACUGACGUGGCCAGUGAUGACUAUGCAGAAUACCUUGGCCUAAGAACAUUCAGAAACCACAGUACAGAUGAGGUUGAGCUUCUUGACCUUUCGUUUCUAGAUCAUGAGGAGGGUUUCUUGUCAGCUGUUGAGGAAAGGAGUUCAGCCCUAAUGAAUGAGUUGGAAAAAUCACACAAUGCUACUUUAGGAUCUUUUAAUAAGACUCAACAAAAAGAUGUCCUGAGUGAAAGAACAGAAGAUGGAUUGCUCAAAAAAAUAAGCACUUUUGAUUCCAAUGAAAUUAUCAAUGAAACUUCCAAUAAUAUCUCACAUUUUCCAGAGGUAAAAAGAAACGUUCGCAGUGCAUCAAUUAGGCCAGUAAAUGACACAGACAGUAACUCUACUAAUAUCACUCAUAUUCCAGUUACUGAAGGAAAUUUCACCAAAGCAGAUGAUGGCGGUUUAUCACAAAAGUUCAUAAAUACAACAGACAUUGUCUCUAUUAAUAAAACUUAUUUUCCAUUUAUUGAAAGAAACAUCACCCUUUUGGAAAAAAACACUCAUGUUACCAUAAUUGAAAGAAAUGCAAUCAUAGCAGGGAAUGGCAGUUCACCACUAGAGCUAAUGAAUGAAACUUACAGUGUCUCCAAAAAUACUACUCAUGUUCCAAUUAUUGACAGAAAUGUCACUCUUUUGGAAGAUAGUACCACAACAUUAGAGAUAAUAAAUGAAACAUACAGUGUCUCCACUAGUACCAGAGACAUCUCACAUGUUCUAGUUGGUGAUACAAAUUCAACAACGGAAUAUAUUGCAAGACAAAAUUCAACUGAAGCAAAGCCCCUGCUAUCAAACCAAACUUUAGAAACGUAUGUGGUAAACAGAACAGUAAUUCAAGAAGAGCUAUACUCUUUAAAUGGCACUGGCGAUUUGGAUGGUCAGAGCGAUAGUUCUGGUCAUGUCUUCAUAUAUAGUGUGCCUACUAGUCUUGAUUCUCACUUCAACAGCUCAGUGAUACAAGAGGAAGAGGCAUUUGUGCUGCUGGACACUGGUCAUUACUCGGACAUUUCAAAUGAUGAUAAGACUGUAGUGGAAUAUGAUAUCUCACCAACAGUCGAAAGCACUUUAUUUACACCUUAUCUCAAUGUUUCCAUGCCACCUACAAAUAGCACAGUGCAAAGUGAUGAGUCUGAAUUCUCAAAUACAACCUUGUCUGAUUUCGGCCCGUAUUUUGGAGCGGAAAUAACAGCAAACACAUCUUCAUCCUCUAACGGUACAUUGAAAUCUUAUGGUGAAGCGUUCUGGAAUGCAUCAGAGAUCUUCCACUCUAAUGAUAUGGAGAAUAUUUCCUUCUCUCUCAGCUUUUACAAUGUUUCAUCCAUGCAGAACAGCUCGGAAAGUGAAACUGAAGCGAGUCUGGAGGAAGUGGCUAUCUAUCUAAAGAACAACCACAGCGAGGCCAUCCUCACUUCUCCUCUCAACCCAGCAGAAGAGCAUUGGGGUUAUGAGGGCAAACAUGAAGUGGUUCACCUGGAAAUUCCAGAUCACAUAAACAAAUACAUCAUAGACCAGCCAGCAGCAAAUUUAAACAAGACAAAAAGUGAAAAGAAGGAGGAGAAGAAAAAAGUAGUUCACCAUAGGGUGAAGCCAAGAAAAGGAUUUGGUAUGAAGACAAAGAAGAGGAAAGACUAUAAGCCACAGCCCCCUUCUGCUGUGUCCACAAGGGGUCUGUCUCCACGAGGUUUUGGACCUGCUGGGUUCACCCCAAGGGGAGCAAGGCUUAUCUCUAAUGAGGAUGACCUGACAGGGAAGGCCAUUGUCAUAGGAGUGCCAAGGCGAGAUUUCAAUGAUUAUGACCUAUAUGUUUCAAAACAUGAGCAGGAUACAGAUUUUGAUAGUGCCUUUGAUCACCCUGAAGAGUAUGAAUAUGUGGAGUACAAAGACCCUUAUAGCACAAAGGCAGAGAUUCAGAACAUGGUAGUUGAUUCAAGCAUUUCUCAGCAUUUCUUAAAAAAGGCAGAGGAAAAUAAUACCAAGAUCUAUUUCAUCUCAGCAGAGGAAGAAGAAUGGGAUUAUGCUGGCUAUGGGCAAAGGAGGCUGGAAAAAACCUCUCAAACUACAAGGCCCACAGCUUUCAAAAAAGUGGUUUUCAGAAAGUACCUAGACAGCACCUUCAGUAUCCGUGACAUCCGGGGGGAAAUGGAUGAACACUUGGGGAUUCUGGGUCCGGUCAUUAAAGCUGAAGUUGAUCAGAAAAUUAUGAUUUUUUUCAGGAACCGUGCCAGCCGUCCAUACUCUUUGCAUGCAAAUGGUGUGAAAUACUUUAAACAAAAUGAAGGGCUGAGUUAUGAUGAUAAUUCACCUUACUGGUACAAGAUGGACAAUGCAGUUCAACCCAACAGCACUUUCAUCUACAUCUGGACUGUAAAUCCCAAAUCUGGACCAAAAAAUAAUGAAUCUGACUGCCGCACAUGGACCUAUUACUCUGGAGUGAAUCCUGAGAGAGAUAUCAACUCUGGGCUUAUUGGGCCUCUUCUGGUGUGCAGGAAGGGUACACUGAAAGAAAAUCCUGUGGACAGAAGAGAGUUUGUGCUGCUCUUUAUGACCUUUGAUGAGAAUAAGAGCUGGUACUAUGUGGAGAACCGAGAAAGGAUUGAGAGGAAAAGCAGAGACAUAGUCAAGAAUCAAUUUUUCCAUGAGAAUUUGAAGUUUGACGCCAUUAAUGGUAUUAUCUACAGCCUCAAAGGACUUCGAAUGUAUGCAAAUCAGCUAGCAAAGUGGCAUCUGAUUAACAUGGGCUCUCCAAAAGAUCUCCACAGUGUCCAUUUUCACGGUCAAACGUUCAUAAAUAAGGAAUUUAAGGACCACCGUCAGGGUGUUUACCCACUUUUACCAGGUGGAUUUGCUACACUGGAAAUGUUGCCCUCAAAGCCUGGUCUCUGGCAGCUGGAGUCUGAAGUUGGAAUCUCCCAGCAGCGGGGCAUGCAAACGCUAUUCCUUGUGUUAGAUAAUGUCUGUAAUCACCCUCUUGGUCUCAUUUCUGGAACUGUGAAAGAUGAACACAUAUCAGCAUCAGACUCAAGAGGACAAUGGCAUGCUUAUUUGGCCAGACUGCAUAACACAGGGAAAUACAAUGCGUGGAGUACAACAAAGCAAGGACAGCAUAUUCAGGUGGACUUCCAGAGGCCCGUGGUGAUUAGUAAAGUUGCCACACAGGGAGCCAAGCAAUUCAUGACAUCACACUUUGUACUGAACUACACCAUUUCAUACAGCACAGACAAAAAGAAGUGGAUCUUUUACAAGGGAAACAGUAGUGAUGUCAGAAUGACUUUUGAAGGUAACAGCGAGGCUUAUGAUGUGAAGGAGAAUAUAUUUUUCCCACCUUUGAUUGGUCGAUAUGUGAGACUGCAUCCCUCACAUUCUUACAACUGUCCAACUGUUCGUUUGGAGUACUUUGGUUGUGAGCUUGAUGGUUGUUCUGUGCCACUGGGAAUGCAAAGUGGUCUGAUUAAAGAUAAUCAGAUCACUGCCAGUUCAGUGGCCUCCAAUUGGUACUCUGGACAUUGGCAUCCUUGGUAUGCACGCUUAAAUAAGCAAGGGACCAUCAAUGCCUGGCAAGCUAAGAACAAUGACAUGCAGCAAUGGAUCCAGGUAGAAUUCCCAGUUGCAAAGAAGAUAAGUGGGAUUAUAACCCAGGGGGCCAAAUCAUUAGGCACUGAGAAGUUUGUGACAAAAUAUACUCUGGAGUACAGUGAUGAUGGCAAGAGAUGGUCAAAGUACACAGAUGAUGAAGAUUAUGAGCAAAAGACUUUUGAAGGCAACACUGAUAACAAUGGCCAAGUCAAGAACUACAUCUAUCCGCCAAUAUUUUCCAGAUUCAUCCGAAUUAUUCCAAAACGAUGGCAGAGCAGCAUCACCAUGAGGAUUGAGUUGCUUGGUUGUGAUUUUGAAUAAUGACUGUUAUCUUUCACUGAAAUGUCAACACCUUUUUUUAAAAAUUUAUAUUUGUGUAUAUGAGUUUGUAUAAUGAAAUGUAUUAAAUAAAUUCUAAAAACAUG